GUGCGAGCGCGUCCCGGGCGCUGGGCGCGGAGCCGGCGCGUACUCCGGCGUGAGCCCCCCGCCCUGCCGGCAGGUGCGGGCUCGGCGCCCCUCCGCGGGGUCUGAUGGCAGGUGCCGCGGCGGGGGGGCAUUGGCGGGGUUUGGUUGCUUUUGUGAGCGCUUCUGAUGAGAUGCUGCCGGAAUCACGCUGGGAAGCAAGGCUGCGUGCAGACCGUUUCCACAGCAAUAGCUCUGCUGGGACCUGCCCUGAUAGGCAUCCCCGAGUGCCUGGGUUGUUAUGGACUGCCUUUCCUGGGCCUGAUAGCCGGCAGCCUACUUUACUUGCACAGGGACACGGAGAAAGCGGAGUGGGAGGUGUAUAUCUCAACACUUCUAACAAAAGAGGGUGUGCGGUGGUGCUACAUCACAGCUUAGAUGAGAGGUGUGUGCUGAACAUACUAACCUUUAUAUUUUAGUGUGAAUUAGUGGCAUGGGCUCUUUAAAAGGGGAGAGGUUUUAUAUUCCUGAAUAGCUAUAAAAAUGAAGUAGUGCCUGGGGCUUGACAAAGACAAUGCAAUAAGGAAUCUUUGGGUGGCGUCAGUCAAGUUUUGAUGGAUCACAGGAAAAGUGACUUUAUAACAUGCAAGACACUGAUGCCAGGGGGAGCUCCCCUGCUUUCCUCCGUCCUCAAAACGGGAACAGUCACAGGUCUUCGGGGUACAUCCCAGGGAGGAUCGCCCCUCUCCGUCCCCCACCGCCUUUGCAGAGCCAUGCUACAGCCGAAUUUACCUCUGCGAGACAAGAAGCCCGGACAAGACUCCCGUCCUUACCAGUGGAUCAGCCCCGCCGCCAAGCAGAAGCCAACAGGCAUAAAAAUACUCUCAUUUGCUUUGCCAUUUCUAGCCUUUCACUUUUUGUUGCACUGGGGAUUUCUUUGGGAAUAGCUUCAAAAUAUGCUCCAGAUGAAAAUUGCCCCGAUCAGAAUCCUCGUCUUAAAAACUGGAGCCCUGGGAAAGACACUGAAAAGAGAGUUUUUAUCAAAAAAGGGGAUAUGUUUCGUCUAAACUCAGAUGCUACAGUACACUCUAUAGUUAUACAGGAUGGAGGGUUACUUGUUUUUGGUGAUGAUAAAGAAGGUUCUAAAAAUAUUACCUUGAGAACUCGAUUUAUCCUGAUAAAGGAUGGUGGAAUGCUUCAUGUUGGAGCAGAGAAAUGCCGCUAUAAAUCCAAAGCAACUAUUAUUUUGUAUGGGAAGUCAAACGAGGGUGCUGAUGUGCCAGAAUUUGGCCAAAAAUUUAUUGGUGUGGGCCCUGGAGGAACGCUGGAGUUGCAUGGGCACCAGAAGUUAUCAUGGACUCUUCUGUCAAAGACUCUGUAUUUCUCAGGGCUGGCCUAUGGUCAUUAUACCUUUAAAAAGAAUUUUUCCCGAGGACUAAAUGUGAGAGUGAUCGAUCAGGACACAGCGGAGAUUUUGGAAGUGCUAAAGUUUGAUACUCAUGAAUUUUCAGAAGACAGCUUGAGGCUCCAGAACUUACUGAAAAACGGAAGUCCUGGUCGCAUUGUUGCUAUUGCUGUGGGAGAUUCAGCUGCUAAAAAUCUACUGGAGGAAACCAGAGUGACUAUCCAAAAUCUCCUGGGAAGUAAGUUUGUUAGAGGAUUAAGUUACAGGCAAGCGUGGGCUUUUGUUGGUGUACUAGGUGGUGGAAAUUCUUCCUGUAAUGAAUCAGUGAGAAACUAUGAAAACCACAGCACGGGUGGAAAAGCUCUUGCUCAGAAAGAGUUUUUCACAGUGGAUGGUCAGAAGUUUGUUGUGAGAGCUUACAGUGAAUGGAACGAAGGUGUCCCAAUUUCAGGCUUCCAGGUGGAAGCUGUAGGUGGAGUGAUACUGAAUCUUCUGGAUGAUGUUAGUAGUUGGAAGCCUGGAGACCGGAUUGUGGUCGCAAGCACAGACUACUCAAUGUAUCAGACAGAGGAAUUCACCCUCCUUCCCUGCCCAGAGUGUACCAAGCACCAGGUCAAAGUCAAAGAAAAUCCGCAGUUUCCACAUGUAGGAGAAGUUAUUGAUGGAGUGGACAUGAGGGCGGAAGUCGGAGUUCUUACGAGGAACAUCUUAAUCAAAGGAGAGACAGAAGAUACCUGCUAUCGUGAAAAGGAGUGCCAGUUCUUCAAUUAUGAUACAUUUGGUGGACAUAUCAAGAUUUUGAAGAAUUUUACAUCUGUUCAUCUCUCAUAUGUGGAGUUGAAACAAAUGGGCCAGCAGCAGAUUGGAAGUUACCCUGUUCACUUUCACCUUUGUGGGGAUGUGGAUGAAAAAGGAGGUUAUAGUUUUAAGACUUACCUGGAAGGUCUUUCCAUUCAUCACUGUUUUUCCAGAUGUGUGACUAUUCAUGGAACUAAUGGCUUGCUGAUAAAGGACACCAUUGGCUAUGACACACUAGGUCACUGUUUCUUCACAGAAGAUGGCAUUGAGCAGAGGAAUACUUUGUUCCACAACCUUGGGCUAGUCACGAAACCAGGCACUCUUCUUCCCACAGAUAGAAACAGCAGCAUGUGUAUUGGUAUUAGGGAUAAAGUGUAUGGAGCUUAUGUCCCAGUGCCAGCCACAGACUGCAUGGCAGUUUCGACAUUCUGGAUUUCUCAUCCCAACAAUCAUCUUAUAAAUAAUGCAGCAGCAGGUUCACAGGUAUCUGCUGUGCAGGUGCUGUUGCGAUGCCACAUCUUACGAACCCAAAAAUGGUUGAAAGGGGAGCUCUUAAAGGAUGCUGGAAUAUGGUAUUUGUUCCAUCGGGUUGCUACAGGAGAUUCUCAUAGUUUAGCUAUUGAAACCAAAUCAGAGCUUACACCCCUAGGUAUCUUCUAUAACAACAGGGUUCAUUCUAAUUUUAAGGCUGGUUUGUUCAUUGAUAAGGGCGUUAAAACAACUAAUGCUAGUGCUGAUGAUCCCAGAGAAUAUCUUUGUUUGGACAACAAUGCAAGGUUUCGACCUCAUCAAGAUGCGGAUCCUGAAAAGCCCCGAGUUGCUGCCUUGAUUGACAGAUUAAUCUCUUUCAAAAACAAUGAUCAUGGUGCCUGGGUCAGGGGAGGGGAUAUCCUCAUUCAAAACUCAGGGUUCGCAGACAAUGGAAUAGGUCUGACAUUUGCUAGUGAUGGGAGCUUCCCAAACGAUGAAGGUGCCAGCCAGGAGGUGUCAGAGUCGCUGUUCAUAGGUGAGAGCAAGAAUUAUGGGUUUCCAGGAGGCCAAAAUAAAUAUGCAGGAACUGGAGGAAUAGACAACAAGGCGCGCACUCUGCCUAGGAAUCGGACAUUUCCAAUCAGAGGCUUUCAAAUUUAUGAUGGUCCUAUUCACCUUACCAAGUGCACAUUCAAAAACUUUGUGCCAACUCCAGACAGAUUUACCAGUGCAGUUGGAUUCUUGAUGAAAAAUCCAUGGCAGAUGACACCAAAAAACAACAUUUCUCUUGUGAAGUUUGGUCCAAACGUUUCUUUGAAAGCAUUCUUUGGAAAACCUGGUCCCUGGUUUGAAGAAGGAGAUCUGGAUGGUGACAAGAACUCAAUAUUUCAUGAUCUAGAUGGUUCAGUGACUGACUACAAGGACACCUAUGUGGGCAGAAUGGAUAACUAUUUGAUUCAACACCCCAAAUGCAUUAAUAUUACAGAAUGGAGUGGAGUGGUUUGCAGUGGGACUUAUGCACAGGUUUAUGUCCAAACCUGGAAUGGACAGAAUCUUUCUAUGACUAUUGUACGAGAUGAGUACCCAGCCAAUCCCAUGGUUCUUAGAGGCAUUAAUCAAAAAGCUGUCUUUCAACAAUACCAGCCAGUAGUGAUGCUCCAAAAGGGCUACACAAUACAUUGGAAUGGAAAAGCUCCAAAUGUCACCUAUCUUUAUCUCAUUAACUUCAACAAGAAUGACUGGAUUCGUGUUGGUCUUUGUUAUCAACCAAAUACAGAUUUUGUUAUAGUAUUGGAAACAUUUCAAAGGCGGUCAUCUGCUCUGUCAAGCAAGGUGGAGCGCUACAUGCCUGUAUCUUCAAUGAUGGAGCUCGAAAAGAAUCAAUCAGACAAGAAGUUUUACUUUGACAACAGUACUGGAUUACUGUUUUUAUUUCUUCAAGCCAAAUAUGAUAGGGAUGGUCACAGUUAUUGCUCAUCUCAGGGAUGUGAAAGGAUCAAGAUUGUGACCAAAGAUUCAGCAAAAGGGAUCAGUAACUGCAUGGCAAAAGCUUACCCAAAGUACUACCAAGGACCAACUGUCAUAAAGCAGAUGCCAGUAAAAACUACUGUACCAUGUACAAAGUGCGGCACAACUCAGAUGGUAUUCACCAGCGAUCCUCACAAAAACUACCUCCUUGUGCAGAUUAAUUCAUCUGGUAAAAAAGAAUUAAGCAGAGGUCAGCAAGCAUUUAUUUCUGUCAAUGACACUAUGUUUUCCUUCAAGGAUGAUGGUAUACUUAUUGUUGUAGUUGAUGCCUGCAUUGGCACAGUGUCAGGAAAAAAAUUCUUUUCUGCAGUAGAUAUUAAGCGUUUAGAUGAGUAUUUAAGAUCUGGAAUUCCACAAAGGUCCAUUGUUCUACUGAGCACAAGAGGUGAUGUAGCAAAUCCUAAUAAUUUAUCAGAAGCCUUAAUGUCCCUGGGGACAGCCAAACCGCCUUAUCUUCAGAACAAUGGAAGCCUGGCCUUUCUUGGCUUCAGAGGAAACCUUAAGCCGUCCUGGAUUAAGCUGUUUACUGGUCCUGCUGGGCAUGGGCUCGUUCAGAUAGAAAAAUAUAUCCCUUUACAACUGGAAGAGUAUGGCUGUGCCAGAGGAAUCAAAAACAGGCGGAAAGACCUCGAGCUUCUGCAGAAGGCUAUGCGAUCUCAUUAAAGACUGAGAUGUACAUAAAAGCUGGGGAAGAAAAAAUGUGAACUAACUUAUUUUUUAAUUUAUGGCAUUUUAAACUAUAUUGUUAUCCAAGUAAAUCAUGUUAUUGUCUGACAGAUGUUUGCCAGCAUUGACCGCUUGAAUGCCAAUCUGUGCACCUUCUAGUUGUACAAAAUAUUAAAGGAUUUAUUAGUAUUUGUAUAAACAGGUUUCAGAGAUUUUCAGAUGUUUGUAUUUACUGUUUAAUACUCCUUUUGUAUGUAUGAGGGUGUUCAUAAAAGCCUUAAAUUUUUCAUAACAGGUGUUAGAGUGCAUCUUGGAUUACUUGAAAGAUUAACAGUGAAGUCUCCAUAAACAGUUUGAAUUGGUCAUUAUAACUCUUGGAUUUUCCCUCAGCUGUUUGUUUGUUUGUUUGUUUUCCUGAGGGUUUACUUAGCAGACAGCUCAGUUACAUUCUCAAUCUGUGUUCCAAGGUGUUGAAAACCAGUUUGCCUUAGCCAUGCAGCUAACCCAAGAGGUUCUAACUGCAGUAAAAUUUUUGCAUUGCUGUUUGAAAGAUAGAGAGGGAGAGAUUCAAAGAUGCAUCCCAGGGCUGGAUGAGGAUUGUGUACCAUGCAAUAGAGUUGACAAGGCUAUGUGUACCAGCAUGGCAUACAGAGCAGAAAAUGGAUAGCAUUCUUUGUUUACUAUUCACCCUUAAAUAUACAGGUGUGUGUAACAGUUACUUCAGUAAUCAAUCUGGGUGCUAAGGCUGCAGUCUUGGGUAUGGCUUGAAUUCAGCUUUCUCUUUGAAAGCUUUUAGCCAGGAGGGCAAAGCUGAGAUACUGUUAUUCUCAAUUUAUUAUGAAACUAGUCUUAUACACUUGCAGUGAUUUUGUUUGUUUGUUUGUUUGUUUUCCCAAGGCUAUCCCAGCUCUGACUUUUAAGUGAAUGGGAAGUGCUCUCAGUUCAUUCAGGCAUGUUACAUCUUUUGCCUUUGGUUCUUUUAAUAUACUCACAUUGCUGAUUCCUACUGGUUUUCUGUUAGGUCCAUCUGAUUUCUUUUGGUUUUUGUUGCCAUUUUUUGACCCUUUCUGCAGAUAGUGUGAAAAUCUUUUAGAAGAACUGAGGCACAGAUGCCCUUUUUCAGUAUCCUACUCUUUGAAAUUAAACUUCAGCGACUGUAAAGAAUGCAUUUCAUAAUAGGGAACAAUAGGUGCCAUAGAGCUAAAAUGUUACCAUAGUUCUAAUGAAAAUUGCCUAGUUCCAUCAUCUUGCAUAUGUUCUCUUUCAUUCUAGCUGGUAUGAUAUAUCUACCAUUCAGAGAUGCUUUGUGCUUGGAAUUCAAAAUGGAGUGGCUGUUGGAUAUGAACUAUAUGCCUGUCUUCUCCAAAGAAGUUGAAAAACUCUGGGGAUUUUUUUUUGUGUGUGUGCUUUAAAGGAGAGGAGGCACAAUAGCAGACUUAUUAUUCUGUACAAUUAAAAUAUGCUACCUCAGUGCUAUAAUUAAACUGCCUGGUCUAGUAUAGUUUCCCAGAAUAAAGGGGAGGGGAAAAGAGCAAAAGGAGAUAAAGUUAACAAAAAGAUAACUGAUGUUAUUUUUGUUGUAAAACCAAGCCAAAUGGAUGAUUGUGUAUUUUGCAGUUGUUUUGAUGCACAGUUCUCUUACAAUGUUUUUUUUUUUUUAAAAAGGUGUUUUGUUAGGGGAAGAUGUGGUAAAUCUUUAAGACUAGAUAUGAUGGUUGGUGUUACUAAUGCAGGGCAAUGUGAUUUAAGUGUUCUGAGUGCAGUAGUUAUAGUGUUUGGGGAUUAAAAUGGUUUUAAGACUUCCGCUGUUCUGUGGGUCAUGCUCAGCAGAGAAAUACCAAUGACGUAGUGACCUUCAGGCUUGUGAAGCUGGCCAUUAUUUAUGAGACUCUGCUGUUCUAAGCCAUCUUGUAAAAAUUGUGCUUGGAAGUGUCAAGGGAAUUCUAAUGUAGGGCUUACUGAUGGACAAUUGGACCUGAAAUUGAAGUGUUGUCUUUUGUGUAAAUUUAAACACUUGAUAAAUAGCAUAAAUAAAUUUUUACACCUGACAAGGCAAUAAAA